AUGGCCUCCGAACAGCAGCGAUUGCCCACCCGUGAGAGGCGCCCCUCCAUGGGUGCCCCCAUCGUCGACAUCCAGGGUGCCGUUGGCCCCGCAGGCAUCUCUCGUCCCAAGCACACCCGAACCGCGACGGGGUUUGGCCCUGGAGAGAUCAAGAGCUUUGAAGCUUCGAUUCCCGAACCCCAGCGCGAAGCAUGGAAGCGCAACCAGUCGAGUGGAUUCACUGGCAAAGAUGGCUUCGAGAAGGAGGUUGUCCGUCAUGUCGAGACCACCCUUGCCCGUUCCAUGUUCAACUGCGACGAACAUGCUGCCUACUCUGCCACCAGUCUGGCUUUCCGUGACCGCCUGAUUCUUGAUUGGAACAGAACUCAGCAGCGUCAGACAUACCGCGAUUCUAAGCGUGUCUACUACUUCAGUCUUGAGUUCCUCAUGGGCCGCGCCCUGGACAACGCCAUGCUGAACGUGGGCCAAAAGGACACUGCCAAGGCCGGUCUCGCCGAGCUUGGCUUCCGAAUUGAGGACAUCAUCAGCCAGGAAAACGACGCUGCGCUGGGUAACGGUGGCCUCGGCCGACUCGCCGCUUGUUUCCUUGACAGUCUGGCCUCUCUCAACUACCCUGCCUGGGGCUACGGUCUUCGAUAUCGAUAUGGAAUUUUCAAGCAGGAAAUCAUCGACGGAUACCAAGUCGAGGUGCCUGACUACUGGCUCGACUUUAACCCCUGGGAAUUCCCCCGACACGACGUGACUGUCGAUAUUCAAUUCUUCGGCAACGUCAGAAAGACUACUGAUGAGGAUGGCAAGACCCUCUCCAUCUGGGAGGGUGGUGAGAUUGUCCAGGCCGUCGCCUACGAUGUCCCCAUCCCCGGCUAUGAUACGCCCACCACCAACAACCUGAGACUUUGGUCAAGCAAGGCCUCGGGCGGAGAGUUUGAUUUCCAAAAGUUCAAUAACGGCGACUACGAAAGCUCGGUCGCGGAUCAGCAGCGAGCUGAGACUAUCAGUGCUGUUCUGUACCCCAAUGACAACCUUGAGCGAGGAAAGGAACUUCGCUUGAAGCAGCAGUACUUCUGGGUUGCCGCCUCUCUGUACGACAUUGUUCGCCGUUUCAAGAAGGCCAAGCGCCCCUGGAGGGAGUUCCCUGACCAGGUGGCCAUCCAGCUCAAUGACACCCACCCUACACUAGCCAUUGUUGAGUUGCAGCGAAUCCUCAUCGAUAUCGAACACCUCGAGUGGGAUCUCGCCUGGGAGAUUGUGACCAACACUUUCGGCUACACCAACCACACUGUUCUGCCGGAAGCUCUCGAGAAGUGGCCUGUCGGUCUGCUCCAGCACCUUCUGCCAAGGCACUUGCAGAUUAUCUACGACAUCAACCUCUUCUUCCUUCAGAAGGUCGAGAAGGCCUUCCCCAACGACCGAGACAUCCUUCGCCGUGUGUCCAUCAUCGAGGAGUCCCAGCCUAAGAUGGUUCGGAUGGCGUACCUCGCCAUUGUCGGAUCUCACAAGGUCAACGGUGUUGCUGAGCUGCACUCGGACCUCAUCAAGACCACCAUCUUCAAGGACUUUGUCGAGAUAUAUGGCCCUGACAAGUUCACCAACGUGACCAACGGUAUCACUCCUCGCCGCUGGCUCCACCAGGCUAACCCUCGUCUCUCUGAGCUCAUCGCCUCCAAGUGUGGCGGAAAUGGUUUCCUCAAGGACCUGACAACUCUCAACCAGCUCGAGAAGUAUGCUGAGGAUAAGGAAUUCCGCAAGGAGUGGUCCGAGAUCAAGUACGCCAACAAGGUCCGACUUGCUAAGCUCAUUAAGACCGCCACCGGCGUUACUGUGAACCCAUCGUCGCUUUUCGACGUGCAAGUCAAGCGAAUCCAUGAGUACAAGCGCCAACAGCUCAACAUCUUUGGUGUCAUUCAUCGAUACCUCACUCUGAAGGCCCUGUCUCCUGAGGAGCGAAAGAAGGUUGUCCCUCGUGUCUCCAUCUUCGGAGGCAAGGCUGCUCCCGGCUACUGGAUGGCGAAGCAGAUUAUUCAUCUGGUCAACGCCGUCGGAUCCGUGGUGAACAACGACAGUGACAUCGGCGACCUCCUCAAGGUCAUCUUCCUGCCCGACUACAAUGUGAGCAAGGCCGAGAUUAUCACUCCGGCCUCGGAUCUGAGCGAGCACAUUUCCACCGCUGGCACUGAGGCUUCGGGUACCAGCAACAUGAAGUUUGUCCUCAACGGUGGUCUUAUCAUCGGAACCUGCGACGGUGCCAACAUCGAAAUCACUCGCGAGAUUGGGGAGAACAACAUCUUUCUGUUCGGCAACCUCGCGGAGGAUGUCGAGGACCUUCGCCACGCCCACCAGUAUGGCUCGCACACCAUCGACCCUGACCUGGAGAAGGUAUUCGCCGAGAUUCAGAAGGGCACCUUCGGCUCAGUCCACGACUUUAGUGCUCUGAUCGCGGCUGUGCGCGACCAUGGUGAUUACUACCUGGUGUCGGAUGACUUCCACAGCUACAACGAGACGCACCACCUUGUUGAUGAGGCGUACAAGAACCAGGAAGAGUGGAUCAAGAAGUCGAUCAUUUCUGUUGCCCGCAUGGGCUUCUUCAGCAGCGACCGCUGCAUUGAUGAGUAUGCCGAGGGCAUCUGGAAUGUGGAGCCUUUGGUUGUCCAUGACUAG